AUGGCUGCUUUAAGGAGCCUCAGCGCUCUGUUACAACAAAGCUCGGUCGUCGAUCACGACGAAAUCAUCAAAGCGUGCAAUUUGAUUUUGAAGAAAUCGAAAACCGAUCUUGAAGCACAACAUGUUAAGACGGUGGCAUUGCUCAAGCAGGAUCGCUACGACGAUGCGAUACGGGUGAUAGAGGACGGAGGAGAUGCGCUGAAGCAAAGAGCUCCACUGGAGUGGGCAUAUGCUUUGUAUAAAACGGGAAGACUUGACGAAGCUAUCGAGGCGGCCACCAAUUCAGGCAAAGGGAGAGGAGCAAAGCAUGUCGAAGCGCAAGCGGCAUACCGGGUAGAACACUUCCAGCGGACAAAGGCUAUAUAUGCAGAGCUAUAUGGGGACCAAGGCGCCUCGGCACAAGAGCACACAGAUCUACGGAUUAACAUGACCGCUACAGAGGCUCAGCAACAAUGGGCUGGGCAUCGGGGGUCUACGCAAAGGCCUAAGCCUAGUGUCGAUGAUUUACAAGUGUUUGAAACGACGUAUAACAUCGCCUGUGAAUAUAUCGCGAGGAACGAAUUUGACCAGGCAAGGCUGCUGCUGGGAAGGGCAAAAGAACUCUGCAAAUCUUCUGAGGAGCUUUCGCCGGAAGAUAAGAAAGCCGAAUUACUACCAAUUUCAGUUCAGCAGUUAUAUGUUGAGUUGCGACAAGGGAACCUUGACGAAGCUGCAAUUCUGGUCGAAGAGAUCAAUACUUCCGAGAUAUCUGAACGAUCGACCAAGAAAAUUGGCCAAAACAACAUUCUGCUCGCUGCACACCAGGAUUCCAAUCCCUAUUUACAGUACAAACUAUUCCAUGAAACUCCGCAAUCAACUCAAAGUGAUAAACUAUUUGGGUAUCAAAGCGCAACUUUGAACCAAAAUACUAACACCAUCGAGCUCCUUGUCCACAAAUACGAUGGCGUCGUAAGGUCAACAUCAAGAACGCUCUCCCAGCAAAGUUUCCCUACCACGUCAAAAGAUAUCAACGCUCUUUCAGUUUUCAAUGUUGCUGCUCAUACUCAGAAUCAAACCGGUCGAGCCGCCUUAAAGCAAACACUCUCUUUGUUAGAAAAGCGACCCCACGACGUUGGGCUCAUCCUGCUUGCAAUCCAAUUAUAUAUUGACGGUGGCAAUGUGAGCUCUGCAGUAUCUGUGCUCGAAUCAUUUUUAAAACAGCUUGACGAAUCGAUAUCGGAAUCAGAACAAGAAGUCCGUUAUAAUCCUGGCCUCAUUAGUAUCCUCAUCGCCCUCUAUAAACUCCAAGGUCGGAAAAGGCAAAUAAAUCUUGAGCUCUCAAAAGCUGCAACAUAUUGGCGCCAACGCUCCCAGCAAGAUCAACCGUUGUCACUGCUGCGUGCUGCUGCAUCUUCGCUUCUCCAAUCUCAGGACUCUCCCGAUCUCCACAAUGCCGCCGAAAUCUUUGAGACCUUGCACGCAAUCGACCCAACAGAUCCAAUCGUCAAAGCUGGGUAUGUCGCAUCUCACGCCGUAACCUCUCCGUCCAAAGUCCAGACCGAUAUCCCCGCACUGGCACCAAUCCAAAAUCUAGUUUCCGGCAUCGAUGUGGCUGCCCUCGAAGCCGCGGGCAUCCCGUCUGCUACCACUGCCACUACUUCAACAUCUCUCAAACGUAAAGCGGAAGACGACAAGCAGCAACAAACUGCGCCUAAAAAGAAGCGGAUACGUAAAUCUCGCUUACCCAAGGAUUACGACCCGGAUAAGAAACCCGAUCCAGAGCGUUGGCUCCCAUUGCGCGAUCGCUCUACGUAUCGGCCAAAAGGGAAGAAGGGAAAGCAAAGAGCGGCUGAUCGUACACAGGGUGGUAUUGCGAAUGACCAGGAGACAGGUACGCCGUCUGCGGGCGUGGUGCAGCAGAAGAGUCAGGGUGGUGGGGGAGGUAAGAAGAAGAAGGGAAAAGGGAAAAGAUGA